AUGAAGCAAUCACUAUUAGCAUUACUAUGGUUUUUCUCAAGUCCCAUUACCGGGUUCAUAUAUCAGGCUUUGGACAAAUAUAUGACCCUAGGCUGGGAAAUAAGUGGGGAGUACAUAACAUUCCAGUUCCUCGUAAGCAUUAUUUAGUGUGAAGCAAGUUGGUGUGGCAUUGGCUUAUCAAACACAAUGUAUCUGAGCGAUAUGUAUGUAGCUGUUGGAGGCGGCUCAUCUACUAUUAAAGCCUCAAUGCUAGACUUAUGGUCUGAAAACCAUGACACCCCAAAGGCAGAUUCUGAGUAUUGGAAUGGCGAGUAUAGUAUUAUCGAACAAUACGGAUACUAUUAUCCUAGCAAUACAACAGGAAGCUCAGGAUUUAUCAACGUCAUUUUCAAAAGACUUUUAGAUACAGGAGAUAUCUGGGAUACAGUUAUCAUACCAGGAAGAAAAAUGAAGAUUAACUGGGCUUACCUCAGAGAUUCUAAUAAUGCAAAUGCAGGGUUUAAAGAACAUAGCGACUAUUCUCAGGGAACAAUUAAAUUUACUACAAGAAAAGAAGAUGCAAGUUUUUCUACAGAGGACAGUGACCAUGAAGGAUUUGGCAUGCAUGGUCUUGUUAUGACAGUUUGCUGGCUGAUUCUAGCACCUAUUGGCAUUGCUAUUGCUAGAUACUGCAAACACUGGAGGUGUUGGUAUUUCUGUCACCUAAUUUUACUGGGAGUCGCAGUUGCAGCUACAAUUAUAAGUGUUUCACUGACUUAUCAUGCACAUGAGACACCAUAUAUCCAAGGAACUAGCAAACCAAGGCAUCACUCAAGACUAGGGCUUUGCUUAACCUUCCUAGUUGUUGGGCAAGGAGUUAUGGGCUUGAUUUGUGGAUUUCUUCAAUCUAAGUCUUCUCACUUUGGAUUGAUUUCUCAAAUCCGAAGAAUCCAUAAAGUUACUGGAUAUAGCAUGGUAAUUGGAGGACUUUUGAAUAAUUCAUAUGGUUGGGAUAUCUUUUCAAGCGCCUCUCUUUACCAUGCUGGAUUAGGGAUUGUAUUAGGGAUAUGGGCUCUUUUCGAAGUUAGGCACCAAAUUUCUUAUUGGUGGGCUGGCUUGUUAUGCAGAAGAACACUUCCUGCUAUGACCCAUAAAGAAGCUAUGGAUAUGAUCGUCGAAAAAAAUGCCAAAAUUAUGUUUUACGAUGAGUUGGUGAUGAAUGUGAAGCAUUUUAUUACUUCACAUCCAGGAGGUGGCUUUAUGCUUGAAGAUGCAAUUGGAGAAGAUGCAGGAAAGUACUUAUUCUCCCUCAUAAGCUAGCAAAACAUUGGAAAAAUCCUCCUCUGUGAAUGAUUAAAAAAUUUUUUAAGAUAUAAGUGAUAAUAAUUAUAAUAAAAUAAAUCUCGAUUAAUUAUCAGCUUGGAUCUAAAUAUAUAAAAUUUAAUUUCAAAUAUUUGCCAUAUGGGAUUAUUUUAAACUUCAAACAAUUAAUAUAAAUUCUGUAAACAAAUAAUUUUGCUUACUGACAGUUGGGAGAGCUAGUCGGAUGCUCAAGCACAAACGGAGACCUACUCCCAUACGCUCAUUCAAGACCUGCACUUGACUAUACCAAAAAGUUAGCAAUAGCAAGAGUUCCAUAUCCUGAGGGAUAUUUAGAUGCAACAGAUUCUUCUGGAGACAAUAACCACAUGAACUGGAAAAUCAAUUUCCAGCAAGAGCUAAAUCCUAGCACAAAGAUAAUUUCUCUUUCCUCACCUCAUUUUCAAAUGAGCCAGAACAUUAAGGAGCCGUUUUGGAUUGGAAAGCAUUUUAAAGUAACCGCAAAAAUUGGUGGGACCUUAACUUCAAGGUAUUAUAGUGCAUUUUUUGCAGACCUACACAGUUGGGCAUCUGAGCUAAACCUUUCUUCUAAAUUCCCAGAAUGCAAAAAAGGAAGCAUUCAACUUAUAUAUAGAGUUUACGCAAAAGGGAAAAUGACUCAGCAUAUGCAUAAUCAAGGAGAUAGUGGCGAGCUUCAAUUAAAAGGACCUUUGGGCCCUGGCCUAAUGCUUAAUGCUUAUUCUGGAAAUUAUUUAGGCUUCGCAGGUGGCACUGGAUUAAUUCCAUUUUUGGAUGUUGCUUAUCUUUUGUGGUCCACAAAAGACCAGCCUCUGCCUAUGAGCUUUACAUUAUUUGCGUCAUUCAGAACAAAGGAAGACUCCUUCUGCUUUGAUAUACUGGAGGCUACCUCAAGAGCUUUGGGAGAAGACAAGUUCAAGUUCAUCCCUGUGAUUGAUAAGCAAGCAAAAGAAAUGAGUUUCCCUGAUUUGGUUAAGAAAUAUGCAGGAAUGAAAGCAAGUAACGCCUGGAUCUGUGGACCUUCAGGAUAUAAUGAUUUCAUUAAGGGGCUUUUGAUCGAAGGAGGUCUUGAAAGGAACAAAAUAAUCGUAAUGUAA